CUUAUCUCUCUACUGACGCAGGUCAGGGUUGGUGGAGUCAUUGUAAUUGAUAAUGUUCUUUGGCAUGGAUGGGUUGCAGAUCCUAUGGUGGAUGAGGCGAGGACCAUCAACAUUAGGAAUUUCAACAAAAAGUUAAUGGAUGAUAAACGUGUAAGCAUUAGUAUGGUUUCAAUUGGAGAUGGCAUGACGAUAUGUCGCAAGAGAUAAUAACUAUCCAUGAAAAACCACUCGGCUCGCACCUCGCAGUGAACCUGAUCCUAAAGAAAAAGUCUUCAAGCAUAAAAAAAAAGGAUUAAUGAAGCCGUGAUACUGUAUAUUAUUGUUCUUUUUGUAUGUUUAGUUUAAAGUUUCAGGUUUUUAAUAUGUAACUUCAGUACCUGAAUGUGUUCUUAUUUAGAAGUGUUUCUCCUUCGCUAUCGUUGAAAUAAACGACAUGAUGUUUUACUGAUUUAAAAAAAAACUGCGCGUAGUCUCUAUAAUUUGCUUUAUUCGGUGGGCGGACCAGCUGGCUGUACCACCAAUUCAAAACAACACGGUUACGCAAACUCUCUUGAGAAAAAUCCCCAAAUCUCAUGAAAUUAGGGUUUCAAUCAUUCGAAUCAGAAAUUUCAACUCCUUUCACCACGAAACGAAUCUCUAGGGUUCUUCUGGAGGUUUAGAUUUCUGGGUUUAAGAAAUUCGAUCGUGAUGCCUUCGUUAUCAAUGAGCAUUCCUUUCCUUUUAUUAGCUUUCUGCUUGAUCGGGUUACAAGCCGCUGAUGAUUUCCCAGAUAAAUCCGGCGGCGGCGGCGGUGUAUGCCCCGGUGGUUCUGAUCCGGGUGGAUGUCCAAUUAACUGUUUCCGGGCGGAUCCUGUAUGUGGAGCCGAUGGAGUAACGUACUGGUGCGGUUGUCUUGAUGCAGCUUGUCACGGCGCCCGUGUAGUCAAAACAGGAGCUUGUGAUACAGGUAAUGCUGGAAGUGCUUCUGUUCCAGGGCAAGCUUUGUUAUUGAUUCAUAUUGUUUGGCUUUUCUUGCUCGGCCUCUCUCUUCUCGUUGGUGUCUUCUGAUCUUUCUUGAGAGUUAAUGUCGGAGUUAGGGAAUGCGAAUUGAUCUUAUUUCUUUUGUAGCUUUUUUUAGUCAUCACUUUACAAAGAGCAUAUGUGCUUUGAGAUAGAGAUCACACGUCCUGAGUUUUGUCUGUGUAAAGUUGUGUUUUGUUUUGCUUUAUGUGCUAUAUAAAUAUGUAAUUGAUUCUGUUUCAAAUUCAUUAUAUCAAGAUUUGAUCAGACAGAGGCUUAAUACUUAGUUUCA